AUGCCGUCUGAUCUUCAACACCUGUCGGCAACCUCAUACGCUCAGUCUGGCUUCUCAAAUCGCAUGGGGUGGGGCAAAAGACCCGCAUUGCUUAUAAUCGAUGUAUGCAAAGCCUACUGGACAGAGGGAUCGCCUCUUUCACUCCUAGGAAACCCAGCCGCAGAAUCAGCCCCGGAAUCGAUGAGACAUUUACUAUCGGCUGCGAGAGAAGGGGAAGUCCCCGUCGUCUGGAGUGAAGUGAAAUACUCAAGACCAGAUAUGAGCGAUGCCGGAUUGUUCUGGCUAAAGGCCAAGCCUCUAGAUGUGUGGUUGGAGGGCGAUAAGAGGGGACUUGCGGAUUACGUGGAUGGCCUUGAGCCAGCUAUACAUGACACUGUUGUUGUGAAAAAGUAUGCGAGCGCGUUCUUUGGGACGACUUUGGCUACUGAGCUUCAGACACUCAAUGUUGAUACACUGGUUAUUUGCGGAGUGAGUACGUCGGGUUGCGUGAGGGCAACCACGCUCGAUGCAAUGCAGCACGGCUUCAGGCCUAUGAAGGUUGUGGGCUCUGCUUGUGGAGAUCGCACACCCGAAAUUCAGAACGGGAAUCUAUUCGACCUCGACGCAAAAUACGCGGACGUUGUAUCAGAACAAGAAGCGAUGGAACAUCUUAGAAAGAAAUGGUGA